AUGUUUCCGUUCUUCAGAAGCCCGCAGGUCCCUAGCAUUGUCCCGACGGACACUAUUGUCCCGCUGAGCGCCGGCGAUGACAAUUUCGUCAAUAAAAGCAUCGUCAUGUUGUUCAUGAUGCGCUUUGACGACGUUCUCGAUCCCGACAAGUUGAGAAUUUCUCUGGAGAAACUCCUGGAACGCGAUGGCUGGCGCAAGCUGGGAGCACGGUUGAGACUCAAUGCGAACAAAAAGCUAGAGUACCACAUACCUGCUGAGUAUGGUCCGAAGAGGCCAGCCAUCGCGUACUCUCACGUCACGUUUCAAGUGGAUAUCGAAGAGCACCCUCUAGCUUCAAGGUUACCAAAGGCCAGCUUAAAGCCAGCCGUUGUCGGGGAUUCCACAGAUUUCCUAGAGUUCACGCAUGCUUCCAAUGGACCGAAGAGCCUGGAUGACUACAUCUACUACGACAGGCCGCAACUUGCUCUGCACGUUGUAUCGUUCAACAACGCCACGCUCGUGUCCCUUAACUGGCUGCAUACUCUGUUCGACGCCCUGGGACGCCAAGAGCUGAUCAGAGCAUGGACAGCAAUGCUAGAUGGGCGUGAAAACGACAUCAAGCCGUUUCACGGCUUUGACGACGAUCCUCUGGCAGAUCUUGGAACGAAGCCGAAAGAGGAGUACGUGUUGGCCGACAAGCUGUUAUCCAAAUGGCAAAUGGCAUGGUUUGUUUUCCGCCAGAUCUGGGAAACCAUAUACUACCGUGAAGAGGAGACAAAACUAGUCUGUAUGCCUGCCGCGUACUUGAAAAAGCUGAAGUUAUUGGUGAAUCAGGGGCCUCUGGCCAGCUACUGUGACUUUUACCUGGAACCUGUACUGCAACGACCUCCGACUUCACCCUUCAGCUAA